ACGUGGGACGGUGGUCUUUGUUGUGUGUGAUCUGGUCAAGAACAGCCUGUUUCUUCACCCCCGUAACGUCGCACCGCAGAGUUUGUGCAGUUACCUUUCCGUUUUCGCCUUUAAGAGGCUGUCAUCGAGGGAUUAGAAUUACGCACAAGCUCGCUGCUCCUUUAAGAAGGUUUAACAUUAGACCCAGCGCGCUCCAGUGUCUGCGGGAGGCGAGCGACGCUCAUCCCACAGAACCACUCGACUCUCCCAAGUUUUCUCCUGAGCCUGCUUCCUUGUCUCACUAUCUGUUAAGCGGUUACGGAAGAACAGGGCACCAUGGCCGAGACGGAGAAAGGAGAGAAAGGAGGGAAAGGAGUUAACGUGUCUGCGGGGAAACUGGCGAUCAAUAUGCAGAAGAGGUUAACCCGAGCCCAGGAGAAGGUCAUGCAGAAGUUGGGGAAGGCUGAUGAGACGAGAGACACAGCAUUCGAAGAGGGAGUCAGCAACUUCAACAAGCAGAUGGUAGAGGGAGCCAAACUACAGAAGGACCUGAAGGCCUACCUGCUUGCAGUCAAGACGAUGCACGAGGCAUCCAAGCGUCUGCAGGACUGCUUGGCUGAGAUGUACGAACCCGACUGGUUUGGCAAGGAGGAGGUAGACUCCAUUGCAGAGGACACAGACAUGCUGUGGAUAGACUUCCAUCAGAAGCUGGUGGACUCUGCUAUCAUUAACCUGGACUCAUACAUGGCCCAGUUCCCCGAGAUCAAGAACCGGAUUGCUAAGCGGGACAGGAAGUUGGUCGAUUUUGACAGUGCCAGACAUCACGUGGCCUCUCUGCAGAAGGGCAAGAAGAAGGAUGAAGUCAAGAUCGCCAAGCCGGUGACUAUCCUGGAGAAGGCCGCUCCUGGCUGGGCCCAGGGGAUGAUCGCUGCCCACCAGGUGGCCCAAACUAACCUCAGCCGCAACCAGGCAGAGGAGGAGUUGGGACGGGCUCAGAAGGUGUUUGAGGAGCUCAAUGUGGAACUGCAGGAUGAGCUUCCUACAUUAUGGAACAGUCGUGUUGGCCUCUAUGUUACCACAUUCCAGAGCAUGGCAGGGGUAACUGAGAAGUUUCACAAAGAGAUGGGAAAGCUGAGUCAGAACCUGAAUGAUGUCAUGGGUAAACUGGAGGACCAGCGGAACAUCAAAAAAGACUCAAAAACUCCAGCUAAGAGUGAGGCUGCCUCCAACCACAACACAGAGUCGGACACAAUUCCCAAGUCACCACCCAAGUCGAGGCGACCGUCAGGCCCCCCGGUCCCUCGGCCGCCCAGGCCGUCCCCAUCUAGAGAGAUGCCGCCGCCGCAGGACAACACCCCUGAUCUGUUUGGGGACGCUGCUUCGGUUCCCAUGCCAACCCCAUCACCAACGCCAGAGGUCACCGUAACAGCUCCAUCACCGGCACCAUCUUGGGGUUCAUGGCAGGCGGAGCAGCCCCCCGCCCCUGAGCACCAGCACCAGCAGUGGGACCAGGAGGCCACCACCCCCCCCCAGCAGGACCACUACAACCUGCCUGCCCAGGAAUACCAGCAGCCCGGCUGGGACGACCAGACCCAGCCCAGCUGGGACGACCAGGGCACCCAAGGUCACUCCGUGGAGCAGACAUGGGACGACCCUGGCCAAGGUCAGGCGUAUGAGGAGCAGAGCUGGGAUGACCAGCAGGCCGCGGGGCAGGACUACACGCAGGCCAGCUGGGGCGACCCGGGGGACGAAUACGAGGCCGAGCUGGGCGCUUCUGGAGCAGCUGAGGAUAAUGCUGUGACCAAUGGAGCAUCAGAUAGUGGAGAUUUACCACCUGGAGUUCUGUACAAGGUGAAGGCCCUGCAUGACUAUGCAGCCACAGAUGGUGAUGAGCUGGAAAUGAAGUCUGGGGAAGUUGUCUUUGUGGUGCCCUUUGAUGCUCCUGAUGAACAGGAUGAGGGAUGGCUGCUAGGAGUGAAGGAGUCCCACUGGCUGGCCAAUAAGAACCUGUCGGCCCGAGGCGUCUUCCCCGAGAACUUCACCCAGCGCUGCUAAGCUGGACUCUACCUAAACCCUGCACCUUCCACUAACCGCACACACACACGCGCG